CUUAUGCCUUCGUUUCUGCCCUCAGGCUGAACUCCUUUCCUAUGCCCCUAAAACGAAGUGGCUGUGGACGUCAAUAAGUUCCCGUAAGCUAAACCCUCCUAUGCGCCCACUCAGGCCUAUCUCUAGAAACCCUUUUAUUGUGCCACAACAGCACUGCUCAACUGUCAACACUUCCAGCUGUCCGUUGCAAUGAAGAACAGUUCUACAGUUGAGAACCCCCGUUCGAACCCCGAGCAGACUUCGAGAGUCUUGACCAGAAGCUGGCGUUACUGGAAACAAUUAUUGGAAUCAGCUACAUCCAUGAAAGAUUAUCCUGCUUCUUGCUUCGACAUUGGCGUACUCCUAAACCAGACUCCUCCAAUACCCAAUAACCCAAAAAUCAAAGAGGAGGAAGUUAGCGGCAACCUUUACUUAAAAGGCAACGCAGAGUGGGACAUUGGCGGCCGCAGUGGCUGUAGCCUGGAACGCACAACAAAGUACUCCCGUCUUCAAAAAAUUCCCAUCGGCUCUUCGGAACCGCACUUUUGCCAGCUCUCCAACCAAGCAUCUCCCCAACGGUGUCGUAGACACCGCGAUAUAGGCAACCACCUCGCUCUCUUCGUCUUAGGAUGGUCCUACGUCCUCUCUGCGCGGCUCGUCGAAUCAUUUAGAAAAUCAGUUGCAGACCACGUUACCUACACAGACAGCCGCGCAGCGGUGCGCGCGUCUUCCAAGGAAGCAACUGCUAAUUCCCUCCCCAUUCAGAUGGGAAACCUGACUGCGGCCGAGCUCCGGUGGUGGUCAGCUAUUCUCGCAGCUGGAUGCGGGUGGCAGGCGAUACUUUCCCGGUCACAUCGCCAGUACUAUCCGCCAUGGUCCUGCCACCUAUAUCCGGAGCAUCUUUUUGAGAUCAUCCAUCCCGAAGCCGGGCAUAUCGACUGCCCUCCGCCAACCUCCAACGAAGCGCAGCAAUAUCUUGUUGCCUUUGCCAAAUCAAACGACGCAUACGACCAACUUUUAGCUGCGCUCGCAGCAUCCUUAACCUUACCGACACAUGGUAGAUUCGGGGCUCCUAUUGAAUUGCCUCAUCCAAAGUCUGGGUUUGCUCAGCGUGUCAUGGACGCCGCUAAGCAAAGUACAGAUGAGAGCCAUAUCCCCCAUUACAUGGCACUAAGCUGCAUACCAAGCAUCAUAUCCUCCACCCUGCUUGGAUGCUUCUGGGAGCCAGGGAUAGAAUGUGACCUCGCUAGCGAAUGGCUGUAUCCUGCUCAGGAGUUGAUGCAAUUAAUUAGUGAAGAGAAAAGGUCUAAGGUCAUUGUCAAGAUGAUGGCGCUCCAUCGGCCCAGUUCAGCACCUCUGUGGUUAGGUGCAGGGAUCACUGGCUUAAUACCAAGUCUACUGCGUGUAGCAAUGAAGCAUUUGCCAUCAACGUCUCUCGAAGCAACGAUCUGGGUCAGAUCUCUCCAGUCAUUCAUGGACCCGCGGUUCCAUCGCCCGCCACCGAAGUUCAACGACUUGGAAGGACGAACACACAUCUAUCGUGAGGACGAAUUCCGCCUCCUCUAUAUCACGGACGUGGAGUCUCGACGAUACGCUUCGCCCCCAUUGAGUCCUUGGCCGCCUUUCGGGACAGUGGACAUUACUACAACAAACUUAGAAGUGCAGCUACAUCUCAAUUGUGCUCAUCGAUUGCUUUACAAGCAGUGGAACUGGCAAUUAGAAGAUGGAAAAGCUCUACUCGAUCCAGGGGUUCCAACGCCAAUGUGCGAUUCCUUACAGAAAGAGAGGGGAUUAGCGGGUCAGCUUUCUUCUCGCGCAACACGUCUCUGGAAUAACCUGCGUACUUCUCAAAGAAUGGUGGAGAACGGCGCCUAUAAUAGAAGUACAUCACAGUCUGCAACGCGAGCCAUCUUUCAAUGGACGUUAGUAGACGGGAUCAGACCAGAUGACAAAAAGUUGUGGACACACGAAUGGCUCAGAGAUCUUUUGGAGGAUGAAUCUGGCGAUGACGACGGAGAGAUAGAUAACGAGGGGUCAGAAUGAAAUCAUUGUUUGGAUGCAAUCCGCGUCCACGAUUCAAUGAUUACUCUCAUUCAAACGAAUCCAGCCGCCUGGUUCAGUGCCACCGGGCCCGCAGUCCUUGCACAGCCUCUAUUGUCCGCCGACUUUACAGAUCUUCCAUUUCUUUCUACAUCCAUGUGCACUGCACGUUUCGUAUUGGUGCUCGUUAUUGAGAUGAUCGCAUAGGGUGCAGGUGCCCUUUUGCCCAGAUCCGGUGGAGAGCUUGGCUACAUUUAAUUGAAUGUGUAGAUGGGACUGGGAUAUCACUUACAGACAUUCAAACAAGUCUUUACAAUCGAUGCUUGUUGGGGUGUUUUUGUACGUAGAAAUCGACGGUGCUUGAUUGUGCAUGGUUUAUGAUGUGCU